CCCACAACACACAGUCAAGAUGAGCUCCGAAACUAACGGCGCCGCCGAGAGAUUCGCCAUCGGUAUCUCCUUUGGCAACUCCUCCAGCUCCAUCGCCCGCCUCAACCCCGAAGGCAAGGCUGAAGUCAUUGCCAACGAGGAGGGAGACCGUCAAAUUCCCUCCGUCCUUGCGUACAUCGAUGGCGAGGAGUACCACGGUACUCAGGCUAAGGCCCAGCUUAUCCGCAACUCCAAGAACACCGUUGCCUACUUCAGAGACUACCUUGGCAAGGACUUCAAGUCGAUAGACCCUACGCCGUGCCACAACUCCGCCCACCCCCAGCAGAACGACUCCACCGUCGCUUUCUCCAUCUGCGACACCGCCAAUGAGACCCCCAACACUGUCACCGUCUCCGAGAUCACCACCCGUCAUCUCCGUCGUCUCAAGCAGUCCGCCUCGGACUACCUUGGAAAGGAGGUUAACGCCGCUGUCAUCACCGUCCCCACCGACUUCAAGGACUCUCAGCGUGAGGCUCUGAUCGCCUCUGCCAACGCUGCUGGCCUGGAGGUUCUCCAGCUCAUCCACGAGCCCGUUGCGGCUGUCCUUGCCUACGACGCCCGCCCCGAGGCUGUCGUCACCGACAAGCUGGUUGUCGUCGCUGACCUCGGUGGCACCCGCUCCGAUGCCUCCGUUGUCUCUUGCCGUGGUGGCAUGUACAGCAUCCUCGCCACUGCCCACGACUACGAGCUCGGUGGAGCCACCCUGGACAAGAUCAUCAUCGACCACUUCGGCAAGGAGUUCCAGAAGAAGCACAAGACCGACCCCCGCGAGGACGUCCGUGGUCUGGCCAAGCUGAAGCUGGAGGGUGAGGCCACCCGUAAGGCCCUCUCUCUGGGCACCAACGCCUCCCUCAGCAUUGAGUCUCUCGCCAACGGAAUCGACUACGGUUCCACCGUCAACCGCACUCGUUACGAGCUGCUGUCCGGCAAGGUCUUUGCCCAGUUCACCGGCCUGAUCGAGCAGGUUGUCAAGAAGGCCGGCCUUGAUGUCUUGGACAUCGACGAGGUCAUCCUUGCUGGUGGUACUUCCCACACUCCCAAGAUCGCCCAGCUCACCGCCAACAUCUUCCCUGAGACCACCAAGGUUCUUGCCCCCGCCACCUUCAUUGGUGCCAUCAACCCCUCUGAGCUGGCCCCCCGUGGUGCCGCCAUCCAGGCUUCUCUGAUCCAGGAGUUCGACAAGGAGGACAUCGAGCAGUCCAUCCACCCCAUGGUCACUGCCACCCCCCACCUCCAGAACGCCAUCGGUGUCGAGUUCACCUCCGGUGAGACCGUUGACUUCAAGGCUCUCCUGAACACCGAGACUGCUCUCCCCGCUCGUCGUCUUGUGCAGUUUGCCGUCCCCAAGGAGGGUGGCGAUGUUUUCAUCCGCGUCUGCGAGGGUGUCCGUGAGAUCAAGGUCACCAAGCCCGAGCCCAAGGCCAAGGAGGAGAAGCCCGCCAAGACUGAGGAAGAUGAGGAGGACUCCGACUUCGACUCCGAUGACGAGGAGGAGGAGGAGACCCGCGAGAUCAUCUGGAAGACCGAGAAGCCCAUUGCCGAGCUGGCCGUCAAGGGCACCAAGGCCGGCUCCAAGGUCGAGUUGAUGAUCCACGUCAACGCCGACUUGGGUCUGCAAAUCACUGCCAAGGAAGUUGGCGGCCAAAGUGCCGUCCGCGGUGCCGUCGAGGCCCCCAAGGCCUAGGCAGCCUGCUUCCUUCCUUUUUAACGUAUAAUUUUCCUUCCUCAUAUAUCUUUGAUCAUCUCAAGACCUAUAACGUUGCAUUGUUUCCUAUGAAUCGAUUUCUUAGAAUCUUAAAACGUGAUCUGUUGGACAUCAUUUCUUCGUUAUCCCUUUCCCUUUCCCUUCCCUCACCCCCUUCAUCCAUAACCCCACCUCUCUGUCCCCCUUCGGGUACCCUUUGUUGUGAGCAGGCCAUAUCCUAUCAUCCCAUGUCCACUAUUGCUGCCUUCUUCCCACGGGUCACGGUGAAGGGAUUCCGAAUGCUCUCCACACACAUUCUUGUCUUGCCAUGACAUGACUUGAUGAUGAUAAAUGUAUCAACGAAGGCUUCUGAAAAGUAUAUAGAUCUGUAUUGAAGCAGAGGAUUCCCU